UCAGGGGCAAAUUCGACCAAGAAGCGUCCUCUGCCACUCGGCCCAUAAACUUCAACUUUUCUGAAGUGACAUCUUUUUUUUUUUUUUCAACUCCCCGCUCGAUCCCUCUGUCGCAGACAGCAAACAUUGCAUUGCGAUCAUGACAUUCUUACUUUGGAUCCCUGCCUCUUUCGCCCGUUGGAUUCGGUUGAAGAUAUAUCAGUAUGAGGUGACUUUUGCUGUAUAUAUGCUCACCCCAACCGAAAAGUUCAUUUUUAACUCCCUCCUUCUUACCCUGAUCUCAAUGAUCAUCACCGCUAUCUAUGUCUACCUCCCCGACCACAUCAGAUCCAUCUACGGCCACCUCUACUAUUACUGGGCUGGUGAACGUCCCUUCAUAUCCUCCGCCUUGCCAUCGAUCAGCUCGGUAUUCCGUGAGACCGGCACCCAAACGCUAGAGGUCAUGUAUGAGACAGCAAAAAAUAAUGCUGCUGCUGCCACCGAUACAAUCCGCGAAUUAUAAGUUUCUUCUACUGGCAAUGGCGGGCGACCCUUUCCUU